UGUGCGGCGGCGGCAGCCCGCGCGGCCCCAACCUGCGCUGUUGCUGUGCUUCCCUGCUGUCUCCUAGGAGACAGGUAACGCACAGCACUGCCGCCUGCAGCUGGGCCAGGCAGAAACCUGCUGGAAAGAGCUCCUUCUGAUGCUGUCUGCUGCUCUGCUGCGGAGUUCAAUGAGGGCAAGCAGGGUGCGGCUGAUGGCGGCUCUGCCUGCAGGAACAGCGCGGGAGCAUUUCAGGUCACGGUGAGCAGUGCUGAAGGCAGCAGCAGGAGAUGCUCUGAGUCCUUCCUCCAGGGCCAGAGCUGCCCGGGCUUCACAGGGAGACACAGGGAGAUGCUGCGAGCGUUUUUCAGCACUGGCAGAGAGCGUAUGCUGCUUUUGCCCCGGCCUCCAAAGCCUUCAGCUCAACCACACUGAAGUCAUUUAGUCUGAGGCAGACACCAGUGUGAAAAACCCCAGCUCCAGAAGUCCAACAAAUUCCAGCACCUGGACGCUGAGUGCGGCCACUGGGCGCUGCGCUGGGCAGUGGGCAGGACCACGUCCCCACAGCACAGCCACUGCCACAGGAACCUGCAUGCUGCUCCCAGCGCCCAUCACGCCACAGCCCGGAGCAGCUCAGCCCUGGUGCAGACUGCACCGCUGCAUCCCCAUUCCUGCUCAGCCACAGCAGCACGGCUGGCACAGUGCAGGGCUGGCACAGGCCAGGAGGAGCAGUGGGCAGGGAGCUGGCCUGGCACCCGCUGCAGCCCUGGUCCCCACACCCCACUCCAGCACCUCGGCUCCCUGUUGCUCCAGCAGAACAGCCCAGCAGCAGCCCGGCUAUUUUUACUGAGACAAGAGCACAACAGCAAAACGCUGCUCGGGAGCUAUUUCUGCUUCCAGAACCUCAACAAACGACUUUGAAUUAAUGAAGGAGACUACCCAAGUGAUUAAUGUGCAGGGAUGGCUCCGCAGAAACGUCCUCCCUCGUGUCUGAUGUCCCCAUGCUGGCGCAGCUGCACUGCCCUCUGCCAAGCACACUGAAUGGAGGCAGAGCAGCACCCGCUGCUCAGUGGGGGCUGCGCUGGGCAUCCCUGCACACCCCAGGACUCGGGUUCUGCUGUUCCAUAGUGCUGAGAUGUGCAGGUCCUCCAAGGAGGCAGCUGGGAGCCAUGCACAGGGUUCUCCCAUGCCUGCUUCACACCCACCCCAGCUCCCCAUGGGGCACAGCAGGACCCACUGGCACUCAAGGGCCACACCUGCGUCCUAUUCCCACCCAUGUCCUGCUCCCAUGCCCACAGUGGGGACACCUGGGCUUCUCCAUCCUGUACAUCCCCAGCCAAAGCCACCAGAUGGUUGCAAUGAAUGUGUGUGCCAUCACCAUGGGAGCUCCACGCAGAGUGCAGUGGUGCCCACUCGCGGUGCUGCAGGGGGACAGGCAGGGUGCUGCUGCCAUGGGACCAAACAUCUCCAGCACUCACAAUAAGGAAGGGAACAGCAGAGCCAGGCCUAGCAGAAGCAGAAGCACGGGUCCUUGGAGCCCCUCUGACAUCCCAGACUUCAUUACCUGCUGGGACAGACACAGCUCCACGCUUUGUGCCCACGCUCAGUGCCAUCAGCCAGGUCCCAGCGGGCACAGGGCGCUUCCACCUGGAGCACAGCCAGGCUCUGGGAUGAGAACAUCGCAGCAGGAGCAGCCUGCAGCCCCCACCCCACACAGGACAGCUCCGCUGGGUUCCCCACAGCACCACCCCACCCAUGCCUGGGGAUGCUGCAUGGGGACAUGCAGGAAUACAGCUCACAGACCAAAGGUCCGCCCAAAUAUUCCAACUCGAUGUCAGCAGGGCUCCAUCCCAACGCCCCCGGUGUGAUGCUGCGUUACCAUCACACAACUCACUGCAGAAACCUGGGCAAAGCACAGGGCUGGGAGCAGCACCGUAACCACGGGCAUCCCCAGCUCGGCCGUGUGCCAAAGGGAGCUGCCAGCCAAGGCGCAGGCAAACACCUGUGAGGUGCAGAAAGCACUGCGGUGCCAUCCCGUCAGCUCCUCUGUGUGACUGCUGGGGCAAAAUGCAGGCUGUGACUUCAGCUCCUUUGUUCACACAACAUCUGUAGAAGAGCGUGUUGACCCCAGACGUCCUUCCUUGGAUUUCCAUGACAAAUGUGGGGGAAGGUUUUUUUUGCCCCCUGACAAAGCCGGAUCACACUGCACCACCCCAUCCUUCAGCUGAGACCAUGGGAACGGAGAGCCCACAGCCAGCGGGCAGCACACACCCUGAGCCCCCCCGCUGGGGACACGGUGCCCAAAUCCUCUGUGCUGGACCUCCGUUUUCCAAACAACUUCACUCCUUCCCUCUCAC